UCUCUUCUAAUUAUACAAUUGUACUUUUUGUUUUUUCUAAUAAUUUCUCAAUUUAAAAUUUCUUAAAUUAAAUAGUUUUUUCUUUAUAAUCUGACCACUUUAUUCCCAUGUAUUUGCGUUUUUGACCCUUAUACUCUGUCAUAGAAAAUAUUUUUAUUUCCUUUUAUUUAUUUAUUUUUAUUACAUUUUUUACAUCAUCUAAUCAGAGUUAAUUUUUAUCGAUUUUUAUUACUUUAUAUUGGACAGCUCUGAUGUUUUUUCCAUCGGCUCCUCCCACUCAUCCACCCUAGCAGAGGAGGCGUGUCCCCUCCGGGCCCCGCCCCUCAGGCGCUCUGACUCGUCCACACAGUGACAGAGGAAGCUGGGCUGUCCCGCAGCUCUCCAAACCAAACGCAUACACACACGCGCCCCCGCGCGCGCGCUGUCAGCUCGAGCCCUCUUAAAGCUGUUUUUUUUCUUCCCCGGCUGGAGAUCAGUGAGAUUUAACAGCUGUCUGUCCACAACGACAGGAGCGAAAGAGGAGUCGGAGGAGGCGCACCUAUCAUCCUCCUCCAUUUAUCAAUCGGAAUUCACUUUUUAAAAACAUUUUUUUCGUAUUUCGUUCCGAGAAGUAAAAAUAAGAGCGGCCGAAGUUCACGCGACACAAUCGGAGUUUAAUGGGUUACCAUGGUGACUCAGCCAGGGAGUCUGAGCCGCGCGGGGUGAAUGGAGGGAGCACCUCGAAGUGAAGGCUGAAGUGACGGAGAAGAGAGGAGAAUGGAGGACGGCUUUUCCAGCUACAGCAGCCUGUAUGACACUUCAUCGCUGCUGCAGUUCUGCAACGAUGACAGCGCGUCAGCGACCAGCAGCAUGGAGGUGACCGACCGCAUCGCCUCCCUGGAGCAGAGGGUCCAGAUGCAGGAGGACGAGAUCCAGCUCCUCAAAUCUGCUCUGGCCGACGUAGUCCGCAGACUGAACCUGUCCGAGGAGCAGCAGGCCUUGGGAUCUCGCAGGGGUCCCACUAAAGACCCUCCUAAGAUGAGAAAAUCUCCUUCAGCAGACAGCAGUGUUGGGAAGGCAGGCAGGCCAAUGAUCGCCACGCUGCCGUUACGGCCAACAGUAAACAAUGGAACCAUCCUACCAAAGAAAGGCGGCGGCACGCUGCCCUCCCCAUCUGGACCUGGAUCCAGAAAGGAUUCAAACACAGCAGCCAACAAGAGCACUGUGAGGAGAGCCAACUCCAACGAGCACGUCGGCACUCUCACUCGGAAAGACUCGGGCGACUCCAAAGGAAACCGAACUCGAGCGGGAUCGACCGGCAGCAACUCCAGCGGGAAAAGAAGUGACAGCAAGCAGAGGGACCCGGUGUUCAACGCAGGGACGCGACGUGUGACCCACUGCAAAGAUGAAGGAUAUGUGAAAAUGUUCUUGAAGGGUCGCCCCAUAACCAUGUACAUGAACAAAGACCAAAUGGACAGCUACUGCCUGGAGGCCAGAGCUGAGCUGCCAAGCAACAAACUCAAAUUGGACUGGGUCUAUGGCUACAGAGGCAGAGACUGUCGCUCCAACCUGUACCUGCUCCCCACAGGAGAAACGGUGUAUUUCAUAGCCUCGGUGGUCGUCCUGUUUAACGUGGAUGAGAGGCUGCAGAGGCACUACACGGGACACACAGAUGACAUCAAAUGCUUGGCAGUCCACCCGGAUAAAAUCACCAUAGCAACAGGGCAGGUGGCCGGCACUUCCUCAGAUGGAAAACAGCUGGCUCCACAUGUUCGUGUAUGGGACUCCGUCAGCCUCAGCACCCUUCACGUGUUAGGUGCAGGGUUCUUUGACAGAGCAGUAGUAUGCCUUGCUUUUUCCAAGUCGAAUGGAGGAAACACCCUCUGUGCGGUUGAUGAUUCCAAUGACCACGUCCUGUCUUUGUGGGACUGGCAGAGAGAGGACAGACUGGCUGAAGUUAAGUCCUCCAAUGAGUCAGUCUUUGCUGCAGACUUCCAUCCCACUGACAGCAACGUCGUGGUGACUUGUGGGAAGUCUCAUAUAUUUUUCUGGACCUUGGAGAAAGGUGUUCUGGUCAAGAAGCAAGGGCUGUUUGAGAAACAAGAGAAGCCCAAAUUUGUGAUAUGUGUGACCUUUGCGGAGAAUGGAGAUGCAAUAACAGGAGACUCCAGUGGAAACAUCCUGGUGUGGGGAAAAGGCACUAAUAGGAUCAGUCACGUCAUCCAAGGGGCUCACGAGGCCAGCGUCUUUGCCGUGUGCAUGCUGAGAAACGGCACAUUGGUGUCUGGGGGGAAAGACCGCAGGCUUGUUUCUUGGAACGGCGGAUACCAGCAGAUCCAAACCGUGGAGGUGCCGGAUCUGUUCGGCCCCAUCCGGACCAUCGCAGAAGGCCGAGGGGAGACGGUUCUGAUCGGGACCACAAAGAACUUUGUCUUGCAGGGCAGCCUUGAUGGGGAAUUCAUGUGCAUCACACAGGGUCACACUGAUGAGUUGUGGGGUCUCGCUGUUCAUCCCUGCAAGCCUCAGUUCUUGACCUGUGGUCACGACAGACAGGUCUGUCUGUGGGACUCCAGCUCCCACCAGCUCAUCUGGACCAAGACUGUUGAUGACUCCGCUCAGUCUGCAGGCUUCCAUCCCUCUGGAGCUGUUGUUGCUGUUGGAACUCAAACUGGCAGGUGGCUGGUGCUUGACACUGACUCCAAGGAUUUAGUAACCAUGCACACAGAUGGGAAUGAACAGCUGUCUGUUAUCCGCUACGGGCCAGAUGGCAAUUUCCUGGCCAUCGGUUCCCACGACAACUACAUCUACAUCUACGCCGUGGCGGAGAACGGCAGGAAGUACAGUCGGGUGGGGAAAUGCUCGGGUCACUCCAGUUUUAUAACCCAUCUGGACUGGUCAGUGGACUCUCAGUAUCUGGUUUCAAAUUCAGGCGACUAUGAAAUACUUUACUGGAUCCCAUCAGUGUGUAAGCAGGUGGUCAGUGUGGAGACGACCCGGGACAUCGAGUGGGCCACCUUCACCUGUACUUUGGGCUUCCAGGUCUUCGGUCUGUGGCCCGACGGCUCAGAUGGUACCGACAUCAAUGCAGCAUGCCGGUCCAACGCCAAGAACCUUCUCGUCAGCGGGGACGACUUUGGGAAGGUCCACCUCUUCUCGUACCCCUGUUCACAGUUCAGGGCUCCCAGCCAUGUCUACGGCGGCCAUAGCAGUCAUGUGACCAACGUGACCUUCCUGUGUGACGACAGCUACGUGGUGUCGACCGGCGGGAAGGACAUGAGCGUGAUGCAGUGGAGGAUCGUCUGAGAAACUGCACUCAAAGGACAAACACUGAUCUCUAAGGAGGAAGCAGAUCGCCGUGAUCUGAAACCAGAAAUUGCAGCGCAGAGAGGAGGUUUAGUGUAGCGUGGGACGCUUAAAGGACAAUUUUUUAAUCGCACGCUACAAAAACACAAACUGAAAAAAAGUCUAGCUUAGAAAAAAAAAGUAAAACCAAAGGUUUGGUUUGAUGAUUGCACUCCGUUAUUCCAGAGGUUUUCUCUGGUCAGAGACCCCGGAGAACAACAACAAUGAAAAAACAAACUGAUUUUCUAACACUUUUUGUAUUUGAUAACUCAGGAAAGCACUAGUGAAGCAACACGUCUCCCUUUUUCUUCACAUAUCACGGCCCGUCAGCUGCCUCUACUUUGUUAGCCUCAGCUGUGUGAAAAAUGCCAAAUUAGCGAUGGACGCUCCCCUCAAAUCAUUCUGUAGCUCACCUUUAAAUAUGAGGUUUAUAUUUAAUUUAUCCAAACAUCUUUCAAAAUAAAGCACUAUUAUUUAUUGCUGGAAAAUAAACUGCCUGAAUGAUUUUCCUCCAGCUUUCUCUGUAAAUGUGCUUCAAGGAUAAGACAGAUGAGAGGAAAAUCUAGAGCAAAAUAAAGCAUUUCCUUUGAGUCCGUUUAGUUUUAUUGAAUUAGGAUGAGUGGCGGGGAAGGAUGAGACCAUUGCACUGUAACUGUCUGAUGUGCACUGUCUGUUGAUUUUAUUUUGAAGGGUUUGUUUUUUUCUCUACAAUGCACUACUUCCACCUGGUAACUAUAAAGCAGGUCUGUUACUUUUUUAGCUCUAGAUGGAAUUUCUCAAAAGUCUGUAUGUGUUACCUAAAAACGUGUCCCGUUUCCUGUGUUUCCACCCUUUAAGCUAAUGCAUGCAUGUGUGUAGAAAUAUUCAAAUUUAAUUGGAUUUGGCUUCAGAUUGUUGGAGUUGUUUUUAUCAGGAAAAUGCAUUUUCCGACAGACUUGAUUUAAAUGCUCUACUGUGUAACACAAAGCCUGCAAAUUCACAUUGAUAUCUGACUAAUACCUAAAAUUAAAGCUGAAUUUUUUUGACUG